CCCGGCGCCCAGACCGCGGAGGGCUCCCCGAGCCCCGCCAGCCAUGGCCCGGAUCCCGACGGCCGCCCUGGGUUGCAUCAGCCUCCUCUGCCUGCAGCUCCCUGGCGCGCUGUCCCGCAGCCUGGGCGGGGACUCGCGUCCCGUCAAACCCAGGGAGCCCCCAGCCCGGACCCCUUCCAGCAGCCUGCAGCCCAGGCACACCGCACCCCGACCUGUGGUCUGGAAACUUCACCAGGCCCUCCAGCCACAGAGGGGUGCUGGCCUGGCCCCUGCUAUGGGUCAGCCUCUCCGAGAUGGUGGCCGCCAACACUCGGGCCCCCGAAGACACUCCGGCCCCCGCAGGACCCAAGCCCAGCUCCUGCGAGUGGGCUGUCUGCUGGGCACCUGCCAGGUACAGAAUCUCAGCCACCGCCUGUGGCAACUCAUGGGACCGGCAGGCCGGCAGGACUCAGCUCCUGUGGACCCCAGCAGCCCCCACAGCUAUGGCUGAGGUGGGGCUGGGCCACACCCCUGCCCAUCCCAGCCAG